ACUGCUGCUACUUCCGUUCUACGUGCUGCCAGCUUUAAACUCUAUAACUGAUGUUCGGACUCAGAGUGUUUCAUUUUUAAAGGUAGCGUUAUGAAGAAGGAUUAUCCCUUUACCAUAUAUACCAUUUGUUUUGGAAUAUAUGUGUUAUUUCCCCCGAGAUCAGUCGAAGUGUUCUGCCAGAACACUGAAGCAGCGUCGUGUUCUUUUGUUCAUCUCUGAAGGAUGAAGAUGUGCAGAGUUUGAAAGGUUCCUUCAAGCAACGGCUGAUAUCUGUAUCUGCUGCUGCAUUACGUCAAAUUCAUCGGUUAGAAACGAGAGGCGGAACCAAAGAGAAUCGUGCUGGAUGAUGGAGACCGAGACAGCAGGACAGGGAAGCAGCAGAGACCAGACACAGAUUAGUGUUGGCAUCUUCGAAGAAGAAACAAAAGGGAGGGACAUCGGGGGAUAUGUACAGUCAGAAGCAGAUGGAGAUAACUUUGGUGGAACAGAACCAGAUGACUGCCUGGAUGCACCACUCCUCCCUGACCACUUGCCACUGUCUUCUGACUCUGACACUGAUGACAGCGCAGACUGGGGAGAAACCAGUGACAGUCGGUCACAUUCCAACUCUGUUGAGAAUCCCAGAGUUCAUGUGAAAGAGGAGACAGAUGAUGCUGAUCACGAGUCACUGACCUGCUCUGGAUGUGGGAAGAAAUGCCUGUCAGAGAUUGAACUGACUAGACACAGGAAAUCCUGCCAUGGACCUUUAACUUGUUCCCUUCAUGUGAAUGGUUGUGGGACGCAAAAAGAACCGUGGAACCAUGUGGGAAUUCACAGUGCAAAAACAAGUUUCACCUGCUCCCAGUGUGGAAAGUGUUUUUCUCAAAAACGUUACCUGAAAAGGCAUAUGAAAAUUCACACAGGAGAAAGAGCUUUUGUUUGCUCUCAUUGUAGCAGAUGUUUUAGAUUCAAAAAUGGCCUAAUUGACCAUAUGAGGCAGCACACUGGGGAAAAACCUUUCAUCUGUUCCCAGUGUGGAAAAUGUUUUUCUCUGAAGGGCAACUUGACAGUUCACAAGAGAAUUCACAGUGGAGAAAAGCCUUUCGUCUGCUCCCACUGUGGAAAAUGUUUUACGAACAAAAGUGACGUGAAGAAGCACAUGAGAAUACACACUGGAGAAAAACCUUUUAACUGCGGUCAGUGUGGGAAAUGCUUUUCCGAUAGCAGCAACCUGAGGGAUCACAUGAAAAUUCACAGUGGAGAAAAGUCCUUCGUCUGCUCCCAGUGUGGGAAAUGCUUUACUCAGGGAGGCGGCCUGAUGCGGCACCUGAGAAGUCACACUGGUGAGAAACCUUUCAUCUGCUCCCAGUGUGGAAGGGGGUUUUCACGGAAAAGUCACUUGAAUAGUCACAUGAGAAUUCAUUCGAGAGAAAAAAUGUUCUCCUGCACAAAAUGUGGAAAAUGUUUUUCACAGAACGUUAUGUUGAGGAGGCAUAUGAGAAUUCACUCUGGAUAAAAACCUUUCAUCUGCUCAGUGUGGAAAUGUUUUCCACUAGAGUGUAAUCUGAUUCGGCAUAUGAGAUUUCACAUUAGAGAAAAACCUUUUAUCUGCUCCCUCUAUGGAAAAUGCUUCUCGGAGAAAGGCACCUUAAAGGGUCACAACUACUCAUUGUAGCGCUUUCAAGCAAAUAUUUGUGGUCUAAAUCUUUUUGAAACUAUAUUAUAUGAUGAUAUAUUUAUUCGAUGUGUUUUAAAUUCACAUUGUUUUUUAUGUUUAUUCGCCUAAUCUUUUUGCCAUUCUAUCGCACUUAUCUAUUGCAUUUUUCCACUUCCACAGUCAAAUCGCACAUACUCAGACCAGCUUCACAUCAAAAUAAAAUUGUAAAUUCCAAAAAAUGUCAUUUCAAAGCUGUAACAAGUAAAAAUUAUAAACAUGAGAGUUGAAAUGUCCCUUCCAAUUUCUCGAGCACACCAUGAGUUUCCACUGUUGCACAGAUACAACGCAGGCAAAGCGGGCGGGACUAAGAUGACCAAAAAAGACAGUCGCUGGACAUUUGCCUUCACUCGUGAAACACAACGGUCAAAGUUAUAUUUUGUAUUUGAUAGAUAUAUAGCCAGCAUUUUUACAACUAUGUCUGUUCGCUCGGAAUCUAAUGUUUGCCCAUAGUCACUCUCCAUCUUGACAUACAUUGCCUGACGAACGUGAUUUAUCCUCAUGAUGCCCAUAUACAUCAUGGAAUGAAAUGAAUAUUUAGGGCACCGCUGCUAACAGUAAGGCGGAAUCACUCCUGAGUGAUGAGAAUUCACAGUUGGCAUCAGAACAUCAGCCGGCACCCGAGCUUCC